CGGGCAGCGCGGGCAGGGUUAACCCUGAGGAAUGCGGCGGGAGGAAUGUGCAUGUAGAUGAGAUGGAUGCUAAUCUCAUGCUAAUGAGCGGCGGCCGGGGCCGCCCGGGGCUCAGCCGGGCUCCCCGCGCCCAGACGGCAGCUGGGCUCCGCCGGCAGCCCUGACCCGGCCGGCGCGGGCGAGGCGGCAUCCCGGGCAUGGUGGACUGAGACCCGGCCGCCGCACAGGGCUUCCCUGGGCUCCCGCGAGCCCCCGCUCCUGGCCCCUUCCCCGGCCCAGGUCGUGGCUUUUCCCGCUUCCCGUCUUUCUUUCUGUCCCAAUGGAGCAGCUACUCCCGCCGCUCGACCAUGCCUAGGAAAGCGGGGAAUGGGCAGCUCCCCUUACCCGAUGGCUGGGAGGAGGCAAGGGAUUACGACGGCAAAGUGUUCUACAUCGAUCACAACACCAAGCAGACCAGCUGGAUCGACCCCCGGGACAGGUUAACAAAGCCCUUGUCGUUUGCGGAUUGUGUUGGGGAUGAAUUGCCGUGGGGAUGGGAAGCCGCGUAUGAUCCUCAGAUUGGUGUAUACUAUAUUGAUCACAUAAACCAAACAACACAAAUAGAAGAUCCCAGGAAACAAUGGCGUCAAGAACAAGAGAGAAUGUUAAAAGAUUAUCUUAUGAUAGCCCAGGAUGCUCUCAGUACUCAGAAGGAGCUGUACCAGGUGAAAGAACAGAGACUAGCACUUGCACUGGAUGAGUAUGUACGGUUGAAUGGUGCCUACAAAGAAAAGUCAAGCUCUCGUACAAGCUUGUUUUCGGGCUCCUCAUCAAGCACAAAGUAUGACCCUGACAUUCUGAAGGCUGAAAUCUCCACUACGAGAUUAAGGGUUAAGAAGCUGAAGAGGGAACUCUCUCAGAUGAAGCAAGAGCUGCUGUACAAGGAACAGGGCUUUGAAACACUGCAACAAAUUGACCAAAAAAUGUCCGGAGGCCAGAGUGGGUAUGAACUGUGUGAGGCCAAAGCCAUCCUGAGGGAACUGAAGUCCAUCAGAAAGGCAAUAAGUUCAGGCGAGAGAGAAAAACAAGAUUUAAUUAAGAGUCUUGCAAAGCUGAGAGAGAAAUUCAGUCUUGACCAAACCAUUGAAACAUCUGAACCAGACUUAAGUUCCAGUUCUGUAAACUCCCAGCUGUGUUUUCCUAGACAAACUCUGGAUACAGGGUCUCAGACUGACAUUUCUGGUGAGAUUGGAGCAAGAAGUAAAUCAAAUUUAGCAGAGAAGGUCAGACUAAGUCUGCAGUAUGAAGAGGCCAAGAGAAGCAUGGCUAAUUUGAAGAUUGAACUCUCUAAGCUGGAUAGUGAAACCUGGCCUGGAGCACUGGAUGUGGAAAAGGAAAAGCUGAUGUUAAUCAAUGAAAAAGAAGAGCUUUUAAAGGAGCUCCAGUUUAUUACACCACGCGAACGUACUCAAGAUGAGUUAGAGCAGCUAGAAGCAGAAAGGAAGAGGCUUGAAGAAGAGCUAGUGUCUGUAAAAAGCACACCCAGUCAAGCACUUGCUGAAAGAUUAAAAUUGGAGGAGAGAAGAAAAGAGUUGGUGCAGAAACUCGAAGAAACUACAAAGUUAACUACUUAUUUGCAUUCACAACUUAGGAGCCUCUCAGCUAGUACAUUAUCUGUGUCUUCAGGAAGCAGUUUGGGAUCCCUGGCAUCCAGCCGGGGAUCUCUGAAUACGUCAAGCAGAGGGUCUCUAAACUCACUCAGCUCCACGGAUCUCUACUAUAACCAAGGCGAUCAAAUAACAGAUUUGGACUAUCAGUACAAACUUGAUUUCAUAUUGCAAGAAAAAAGUGGUUACAUUCCUUCGGGGCCUAUCACUACUAUUCAUGAAAAUGAAGUGAUUAGUUCCCAUGGGAGACUGGGUUACAGUGACUCUCCUUCAGCUGCAGACCAUCCCAAAUUGACUGAACCUCCCAAGUCUGUGACAUCACUGUCUUCCAGAUCCUCGCUCUCUUCCCUGUCUCCCCCAGGCUCCCCUUUGGUUUUAGAAUCUGCAUUUUCAGUGUCAGCUCAAAAUUCCCCUCUGCAUCACCUCACUACGGACUUUGAAGACUCUGACCUUUCAGGUGAUUUUGCAGGCAUUAGUCUCUGUGAGAACCAAAUAUUAUUGCACUCUGAAGCUGGAGCAGGACCUGAGAUUCCUACAGGGGAUAAAGAUCUUAAUGAAGGUGUUAGGCAGCCUCUGCCUUCUCUACAUGAAGGAAGUUCAGGUGUUAACUUACCACGGAGAGCAGCCAGUCACCUGCUUGAGGAGAAAACAGCUUGUGUAUCUGCUGCUGUGUCUGAUGAGUCUGUAGCUGGAGAUAGUGGUGUAUAUGAAGCUUCUAUGAAACAAACAACUGAAACUGAGGACACUGUAUUUAGUGAAGAUGAUGCAACAAUUCUAGAAGCUGCUCAGGUACAAAUAGGACUCAGAUAUGACCACGACAAUUCAAGUUUUGUGAUAAUCAUAAUACGACUCAGAAAUCUUCCAGCGUUUUCUGUACCUCUUGGCUCUAAGGUGUAUAUCAGAGUAGCAGUACUUCCAUCCUCAACUGACAUCAGAUGUCUAUUCCGCACCAAAGUUCAUCCUGCCAUGGAAACUGUUUUAUUCAACGAGAUAUUCAGAGUAGCCAUUUCCCAAGUAACGUUACUACAGAAGACACUGAGAGUAGAUGUUUGUGCUGUUGGUAGAAGUCAUCGGGAAGAAUGUUUGGCAGGGACUCAGAUCAGCCUGGCAGAUUUAUCAUUUUCGGAUGAGACCUGUACUCUGUGGUACAACCUGUUGCCUGGCAAGCAAAUUCCUGGCAAAAAACCCAAGGAACAAAACGAUGAAUGCAUCUUUCUGUUAAGCAAGCAGUCACUGCACUCACUGGACUUGGAUGCUGUGUCAGCUCUGCUGGAGAGGACAUCUGCUGAGCUGGAAGCAGUAGAACACGAGCUGGCUGAAGAUGAUGAGGAGGAACAGGAGCAAAGGGGCUCUGAGAAAGACUGGCUAGAGAUGCUCACAGAAGCCUCUGAUGAAAUUGUGGACGAAGAGGAAGACAGCAUUAAGCUGGCAGUAGAAGGCAGCUGUCCUGAUGACAUGGGGUUACUCAUUGAUGCACCAGAAACAAAUGAAAACAAGGACAGAGAGAACACCGAUGAGGCUCAUGAGGGCCAGCAAGCUGCUGUGAUCCUAACACUGGUUGAUAAAGAGACCAACACUGAGGAAUCGAUUAAUGAGAACACACCAGUCCGACCCAAGGACAGAGCCAGCUGGAGCUCAAGACAGCAUCCCUUUGUCAGGAACAGCAUGAUAGUGCGCUCACAAACCUUCUCUCCAGGCGAGCGGAACCAAUACAUCUGUAGGUUGAAUCGAAGUGACAGUGACAGCUCAACACUAGCCAAAAAGUCUCUCUUUGUAAGAAAUGCCACAGAACGGCGGAGCCUAAGAGUUAAACGGCCUGUUUGCCAGCCGAUCAUGCGAAGAGCUACGCAAGAAUGCCCCGUACGCACUUCCCUUGACUUGGAGCUGGAUCUCCAGGCGUCACGCACAAGGCAGAAUCGUCUGAAUGAUGAGCUUCAGGCCUUGCGGGACCUUAAACAAAAACUUGAGGAAAUGAAAGGCAGAGGAGAGGCAGACCUUCCCCUGUGUGUGCUAGAGGACGAACGUUUCCAGAAACUCUUGAAACAAGCUGAAAAACAAACUGAACAGUCAAAAGAAGAGCAGAAACAAGGUUUAAGUGCUGAGAAAUUGAUGAGGAAAGCUUCUAAGGAUGUGUGCCGGCUACGAGAGCAGAGCCAGAAAGUGCCACUGCAGGUGCAGUCAUUCAGGGAGAAGAUAGCAUACUUUACAAGAGCAAAGAUCAGUAUACCAGCCCUUCCAGCUGAUGAUGUAUAAUUAUGCUUUUUCAUUGAAGUGUUUUUCCAUUUGUUCAUCUCUUUUCAGAUGAGCUUUGUAGUUUCAGUGAUGUGCUUUCAAAGAUCUAUUUUACAUUCACUAUUGAUAUGUUUAUUUGUAAAAUAUAGUGAAUUGAAUAGUUGUAAUCUUAAAAAAUGACAAAAAAACCCCAACAACCAGAAAACCAAAGUAGAUUAAUUUUGGUAUACUGAUGCUGAUUUUGUACAGUUUGUAUGUGUCACAUGUGUUUUUAUUUUGUAAAGAUGGAACAAAUGAACUAAGGCAGUACUAAGCAAGUAUCCUGUUGAACUGCACUGUGUUAAGAAAAAUGGUGUUCAACAGACAAUUGUUUAUCUUUUCACUAUUUUCAUGUGAGGAGACUGUGAAGAUGGCUGUUUUGCCAUACAAUAUUUUUGUACAAGUGUGACUUUUAUAGUUUAAAGUUAGCCACAAGCGUAAGCUCCUUUCCAGAACAUCCAGGCUGCCUCACAACAGCUGCUAAUUGCAUUCAUCACCAACCUUGGAAUUUUUUCUGAAAACAAAUUUCUUCUGUUUUUGUUUUUUAGUACUUUGUAGGAAGAGAUGGAGUUCAGAGUUUAGUUUUGUGAAUGUACAGUACUUUAACCUGCACUAAAAGGUUUCUUGCAUCUGCAGGAGAGCAACAAAGGCAAGGCAGACAAGUAACCCUAAAAACUUAUUAUGAGACUACCAAAAGGGGCAGCUGCUUUCUGAAUGGGAUGAAUCAAAUUCAUAAUUCCAACAUUGAUAUUGAAAUAGUUAUAUCCAGUGUACAGUUAAAAAUGAGAGUUUCUCUCUGUUAACCUUUUGUCCUAGGGGGCUGUCUGAUUGCUAACUAGGAAUACAUAAAGGUGUGUGUUAGGUUUACAAAUAUGAAGAUGUUUCCUUUAAAGUAUUUGUACCAGGAGAAAAAUCUGUCACAUGGUAACUCAAUUAUCAGAAGUCCUGUUGGUAAGGUAAACCCUUUCUGAAAAGGAAAAGCUCCAAACUCUAAGUCUGCACAUAUUUCGAUACAAUAGAAAACAUUUUUUUAAAUACACAGUUGACCCUGUAUUCAGUUGAGGGUGCACAGGUUUAAUGAAUAGAUGUGAAUGGCUUGUUUCAAAUUUGUCUUACAUGCUUCCUCCUAGCAGGCUGCUUCAUCAGAAGGCAACUUGGAUGCCUUCUCUUAGAAGUCCAGAACAUUAGAUGUAGGUAGGUUUUUAAGCAGUCCUGUCUUGGUAAAGCAAUUGGGUUCUUAUCUUCUGUGGGUACUGUGUAAGUAGGUGGACAUUGCAGAGAACAGAAUUAUUUCAUUUUCUACUUAAUAUAUUGCAUUCAGAUGUAUUUCAUUCACUCGCUAGUUUUCUUCCCCAAGCAACAAGCCACAUUGCAUGGACUUCAUCUUUCAGAUAUGCUAUAAUUACUUGAUGAGAAAAUGGAAACAAAUAUAACCACUAUAUGGUAGCAGCUGUCUUAAAUUCAAAGUGACAAUUCUGUGAUGAGAGGUCUGUGUAACACCCAAGGGUUUUGUUAUGCACAAAUACAUCAGUUCACUGAAAAGUAUAGCCAAACAUGCUAUUUUGGGCAAGAUGACUGAUUGAACAUCCUUUAUGAAUGCCCCAUUUGUUUUUUGUGUCUUGGGUUUGAGAUAACAUUCAUGUUUGAAAGGUCAAUUUUAGAAAAAAAUCUGGAAUUAUUUAAUGUAGAGGUGAAAUGAUGGUUGUCAGUUUCAACUUCUCAACUUGAUUAUAUAAGUUGUUUGUAGAAUGAUAUUUAGAGGUGUACUUUAUGAUUUUUCUUUUAUUUAUUUACCGUCUUAUUUAUGUUCUGUUUAAUGUAGUUCAGUUCUGGUCAUAAAAAUAUUUGACAUUAAGGAUGCUAUUGUGAAAAAUACUUAGAGCUGUCUAAAUUCUUGCCAGAUUAGCUGGUUUUCCUCACAUGUUGAAUAAUUUAAAAAAAAAAAAGUAUUAUUGUGUGAUUUGUAAGCAUGAGAUGAGGUCAAAACUUAAGUAUUGCUGGGUUCAGCUUGCAAAACUCAUUUGAAAAUGAGAGACUUAUACAUAUUCAUACUCUUAAUUUUCCAGAUUGGUAAAGUUGUACAUAUUUAUAGGCAGCUUUUAAAAAUUCUGGCUUUUUGGGUUUUUUUUUACUAAUUCAGCUUAUUCACACUUGAAAAACUCAAUCGAAUAAGCUAAAAUACUACAUACAAAUAAGCUCCCAUCAGUUUAAAGUUAUAAAUAUUACUCUUAAAGUGGAAUUUACUCUGCACAGUAGGGUACAACGAAUGUAAUUAGUUCUAUGGCCAGGUACCAAUGUCACUGCAGUUGCAUAUAUAUGAAAGUUAAAUAUUACUGGUACAAGAAUAUUUAUCCAAAUGAGCAAAGUUUAGCAGAAAUUGUAAUAGAACACAAAUCAAAUAAUUUUAAGAUUAUUUUUCUUUUUACUAUUGCUGUGUUUAUACUGUAUUAAAUAUAAAAUGCUCAGGACUGAACUAAAUAUUUAAUCAGGUUAUAUUCUGAAUGUGUUUCUGUUCUAAUUUUGUCUGUAAGAGUAUGCAAGUACAUCACAUAGAUUAACUUGUCUCUGCACUUUUCAUGUGUUUCAGUGAUUGGAAAAUACAUUUUUUUAACAAA